UAAUGAAUAGUAAUAAUGAGAAAGCGAAGAUUGACUCAAUAUUAGAUUAAUUUUAUGGGUUUAAAGUGAUUGAGGAAGUACCAGAAGAGGAGAGACAAUUUGAUUAGAUUGUUCCACAACCAGAUUAAACAUUAAUUUAAAAGAUGCUUGUAUGAUUAUUAAAUUAUUAUUAUCAUAGGAUGAUAGUUUAUAAAAGAGAUAAGAGUUUAUCUAAAGUAAUGACUGUAAAGAGUAUUCAUAAAUGUUAAUAAUAUCUUAAAUAAGAAUGGAUUUUACAAAUGAUGAUCCAUUUCUUAAACAUCUUAUGAAUGUUGAGAAAUCAAUAAAGAAAGCAAUAAGAAAUAUCUUGUUGUAAUUAUAAAAGCUUGAAAAUAAACAAUAGUUCAAAGAGGCCUGUGACAAAUUGAUAAAAAUAUUUUAUCAAGAUAUUAAUAUUGGAUUCAUUACAUCAACUGGAUAAAUAAAAUCAACAGCCUAUGCUUUUAUAUUUAAGUCAAUUAUUGAAUUAAUAAACAGAAAAAAGAUUAAUUUAUAGUUUAAGAAGAUUCCUCUUAAAAUUACAUUAACAUUCUUUGCAAUUGAUUCUCUUUAACAAAUUAUUCCAGCAUAAAAAAUAUAUGAUCCUAGAAGUGCCUUUAUUAGAAAUAACAAAUUUUUUAAUGAUUAUAUAAUCCUAUCUUAAACCAAUCAAGAUGAAUUAAGGAGUGGAGUAUCAAUCUUCUUUGUUUAUAGACCUGAAGAUGAUUAAAUAUAUGCAUUAAAAAGAGUAAGAUAUAUUUUAAUUUAACUUUAGAGCAAACUAUAGGCAACUUAACUUGAUUUUUUCUCUGUUUUUUCAGCAACUGCAUCCAAUACACCAAUCACACCAGAUAUUCGAAAAAUUAGAGAAGCCAAAAUACUUUCUAAAUUAACUCAUCCAAAUAUCUUAAGGUAUAUUUUAAUUAAUAACUAAUUAAAGACUUUUUGCUUGGUGGAUUGAAUAAACAAACGAUGGUUAUUAUUUAUAUAUGUAACUUGAAUAUUGUUCCUUUCCUGGUUAUAAAUAUCAACCAACAGACUUGUUAACAUUUUCUUAUUAUUAUCUAAAUGUUAUGCAAAAUGCUGAAAAAAUCAAUAAAAUUAAAUCAAUUCUAAAUUAAAUAUUAGAUGGUCUGGAAUACAUUCAUUAAAGAGGGAUAAUACAUAGAGAUUUAAAACCUGAAAAUAUUUUUGUGACUAUUAAUAUCAAAGGAGAUUUAUAAGUAAAAUAUAUUACAAAUUAACUGGUUAGGUUGUUUUAGCAGAUUUCGAUUAGGGAAAAGAUGUUAGAGAAGAAAAAUUAUCUACCAUGACUGAUGAAAGACUUCCUUAAGAAGAACUUAAUUCGAUUACUUCUCAAAAUACUAUUACAACAGGCACUUGUGGUUAUUAGACUGCUAAUUAUGUUAAGGAUUCUCAUUAUAGCAUGGCUGAUGAAUUUUAUGCUAUUGGAAUAAUAUUAUUACAUCUUGUCAUUGCAUUUCCAGGAGAACCAAAAAAUAGAAAUCAUUAUGCAAAGACUUUUGUUAUGGCUAAUCAUGCAGAAGAUGUAUUAUCAUUAUUUGAUACAUGGGCUAAUAAAUUUGUUAAAAACAAAAGUAUCGAUUUUUCAUUUACUCAUUAUCAAAAUGUCAUGAAUCUAGCCAAAUUAUUGACAAGCUCAAGAAAAUUAACUCAUGCUGAUGUGAGGAAAAUGAUCAAUGAAUUAUGA